CUGCAUUAUAUAAAUACAAGGAAGCUCCACCAAGAAGGCCCAGGAUUCAAAUUGUCCUUCUCCCACCGGCGCCUUUAGCGUUUACACAUAUUUCUCUUCAUUAGUUUCCCCAAUCUGCACGUACAUAUCCACCAUUGCAUAUGAUGUCCCGCCUCGGAACCAGAGACUUGCGUCGGAUUUUCGAGAACCUCGACAAGAACAGCGAUGGCCAGGUAAGCCUCGAGGAGCUCAAUUGGCUGCUCGACAAAAUCGGUGUCCAUUACAGCAUGGAUGAGCUCGAGUUGUCUAUAGGGAAACCGAGCCUCGACUUUGAUGAGUUCUUGUACUUUUACGACUCUAUUUCAUCGGAAGGAACCGCGAGGAGCGGCGGAUUAGAAUCACCAGAGGGCAAUGAAGGAGAUGGCGAUCAAGAGACAGACCUUGCCGAGGCGUUCAGAGUGUUCGAUUUGAACGACGACGGCUUCAUUUCUUCCGAGGAGCUCCAGAGCGUCCUCUCAAGACUAGGGUUGUGGGACGAGAGAAGCGGGAGAGACUGCAGUAGCAUGAUUCGCGCGUACGAUACUAAUAGCGAUGGGAGGCUGGAUUUUGAGGAAUUCAAGAGCAUGAUGUUGAUUACCAUUUCUUGAUUAUAUCUUCAAGAACAUGAUAAGUCUUGACUCAGAUUUGCUUUCAUACGUCUUACUGGUUCUAUGUACAUUUAUAGCUCCAUUCUUUUAUUUGCUUCUACCA